CCCGCCCCCGUCGCCCCGUCCCCUCGUUCUAUGUCCCACAACGGAUCAGGAAAGCCGUUUUUGAUGUUUCAACAGUUGAAAAGUAGCUCUAAUCACCGUUGUAAAAAGUUUUGGCUUGGCAGUGUGGGGUCGAUCGUUCCCUGCCGCCUGGGCGAGUGACUCUCGAUCGUUCUCAAUUUCGCAUUUUGUUUUUGGAGUAGAGGAUCUUCAUUAAUUUUCUUCUCGUGUUCUUGGAUUACAUUUUGUGUUUCUCAACCCGUGUUCCUUCACGGAGAAGUGCUGGGAUAAUUGACCACAAAGUACCCGUGUGGACUGUGAUAGUGUUUCGCCCACUCGGAUGACUUGAUCAUCAUUUCUUGUGAUCGUUUUCUCGGACUAGAUUUCUACUUUCGUCCUGGAACAGUUGUGGUUGUGCUUGUUUUUAAAAAAAUCUACCUCUUGUUCUGUGCAGUUUGUGGGAGAUUACUACAGAAGGCUUUAUCAAGCUGCCGAGCGUCCUAAUGCAGCAAUCUUGGCGCACAAGACCAUGAACCCGCCCAAACUUCCGAGGAUGAAGUUUCGACAAAAGUGUGCUGGAUGAUUGUCGAGUAUUCACCCGGGAUAACUCUCAGUUACCCAAACUAACGACAAUUUGAAACAGAUUUCGCUUCAUCAAGCACCUCGGAAAAGGAUUGCCUCCCAACCAAAGCACCCUCUUUUUGUUGUGCGUGUAUUUCUCCCAGUUCCUUCCUCGCCUCUUCGCUUUCACCUCUUUAGCACUAUGAUGAGGCAAUGUGUAGUCGCCCCGAUGUGGGCCUUUCUUGUGACGUCACUGGUUCUGCUAGGUCACAUGACCAGUGCUGACAUUGCGUCAUACGUGAAGCAGAUCUGUGAGGGCAUUCCCAUCCACACCACCUCGGGAAAGACGAGUGGGGAUAACGGAUUUCGGAUUACCAUAAACGGAUUACCCACUCCGGAUACGUACAGGCCUGGAGAGACGUAUGAAGUGAUGAUCAACGGAACUGCCAAGCUGCAAAAGUUGAUGGGUGUCAUGAUUCGUGUGACUGCUUAUGACUCCAAGGGGGACACUUUUGUGCCUGGCGUCUUCAACCCAUCUGCCAACAACGAGCAGACGUUGGCCCAUGUCGCGGAGAUUUCCCGCGCUGGUUCUACAACCACACCAUGCAGAAGUGCCAGGUGUUCAGCUACGGCGGUUGUCGGGGCAACGAGAACCGCUUUGAGACGGAGAAGGAAUGCGUGGACCUGUGUGCUGAGCAUAUGGCGGACAUGAUGCGCAAGUCCCAGAUGAUGGUGAAGCAACAGAUGAUGAACAAAGAGAUGGAGAUGGAGAAACAGCUGCUGAUGGAGAAGCAGAGGAUGAUGGAGAAGCAGCUGAUGAUGGAGAAGCAGAAGACGAUGGAGGAGGACAUGAGGAGGAAGGAACUACUCAUGCAGAAGCAGAGGAUGAUGGAAGAACAGGGACAGACCAUGAGUGAUGAGGAGCUCAAGGCGUUCAUGAUGAAGCAACAGAUGAUGCUGCAGGGAGGGGGCGGGGCAGGUCACGUCGACAACAGCGACGACGACGAAGCGGAAGCCGAUGCCAAAAUUGCAGAGGAGAAAGCCAGAAUGAUGCGCAAGCAGAAGAGAAUGAUGAAGAAGAAGCAGAGGAUGGAGAGACGCAGGAGGAAGAGGAGGCGAAUGAGGAAGCUGCAGAUGCAGAAAGAGGCGACUGGUCGUGGUGGUGCUGGUCACAGCGAGAAGCAGUCAGAUGGGCCUGGAGUCGACUGUAUGGUCACGCCGUGGUCUGAUUGGUCACCCUGCUCGGUCACGUGUGGCAAAGGAAUCGUCAUGAAGACAAGGAUGAUCAAGAUACAGCCUCAAAAUGGCGGCCGCCGCUGCCCGAGACGGCUCGUGAGGAAGAGGAAAUGUCGCCAGAAGAAAUGUCCCAUCAACUGCGAGGUGGCGGAGUGGAGCGACUGGUCUCCCUGCUCCAAGACUUGCGGUGACAACGCCGUGCAGAUCCGACGCCGUGACGUCAUGCAACGCCCCAAACAUGGCGGCCUGGCGUGCCCGGCCAGACGAGAGAAGCGGUUCUGUAACGUGCCCAUGUGCCCGGACUCCCAUGUGGAAGAGAGCAUGAGGCGUUUCAUGAUGUUCCAUCGCCGCUACUAACUCCUCCUCCUCCUCCUCCUCCUCCCCCUCCUCCCUCCUCCUCCCUCCUCACAACAACACCACCACCUCCGACUUUGUCGCUUUAGUCACUUCUGGACACGCCUACUGAUCACUCACUGGAUAGUUUGUGCACCGAAUGACCUCACUCCCACCCGCUGUUUGCAAAACCAGCACAACCACCAACAUCGGCGGACUUGCGUUUAUCACGUAUUAUGAUAAUAAUCAUAAUGAUGCUAAUAAUAAUAACAACAUUAUCAUAGCUUGUUAUGCUCUCUGUGUCAUAGAUUCCUCACUGCGUCAAAUUUCUCCUCUUUGGAAGAUAACCAACCUUCUGGACUGACAAACGUCUUUGAGCUGUUUUGGCAUGCUAGAAUUAUUAAAAACACUUUACCCAGACUUGCUUACUUGCUUUGUAAGAGUAUUUGAAACUUGCACCAAAAGGGGAUAGUUCCGAAAACAUUUCUCUGGAAGGAUAUUCAAAAGCUUGUAGUCAGCAAUAAGUGAAAGGAUUUAAAUGCCAGUACUCCCUUUCCGUUUUCGUUCCUCCAACCUCCCACUUUUGAGAGCAAUGAUUCCCAGCCCCACACUUUGUAUACUAAAGCUUAGUGCGAAUCGAAAUAAAAUGUCAUCCAUUUUCAAGACUUUGGCGUGGUGGUCUUCUUGUAUAAAAAAAAGCAUACAUGCCUAGAGUGCUCGCAGAAAAUAACUGUGGUUACGGACUGUGGUUACGGAAAUCAAUAUAAUAGUAUUAUACCCACCCCUCGCCUCAAGGUGCAAGUAUACACUACGGCUUUCAAUAACACGUUCCAACCACUGACUCUCACUGUUUCUCUUCAUAAGUCAAUGUAUGUGUGGUAUUCCUGAGAGGGUCAACAGUUUGGAAUUAUGACACAGAGCGGAGACGGGGUUGGGGAGGGGGGGGGGUCAACUGUCUCUUAGUGCUGGAAUGUUUAUCUUAUCUGCUUUGAAUAGCGAAAGAGCAUUUCCUGUUUCUAGUUCUUCACAGUCCCUUAAAAAUCACAUUUGCACUUACAAGAUUGACAGUUAGUUUGACUGAUCCAGGAAAGACAAAAUGUCCUUUCAGAUUCGAUAAACGAGGAAAUCGUAUUUGCUUGUACGACUACAGCUUCUAAAACAGAGGUAACUUUAUUUUAAGUAUAGGUCACUUUCAGUGUCCAAGCUACCCCCCAAAUCCUUUCGAGCCCCUCCCAGAAAAGUCCCCCAUCCCCAUCUAUUGUACAUGGAAAUGUUGGACUCGGACAAAAGACGUCUCUAACUUUACGUAUUAACUUCUGGGACGUGAAACGUUCACACUAGACAUAAUAUCCCCCCAAGUUGUACUACAUACUGACCUGAAAAUACAUAAUACUAUUGGUUUUUGUAAGCAAUGUAACAUGUGUAGUACAUAUUUCUGUUGCACAUAUCGUAUCGUCGUGCUAUCUGGCAUUACUAUGAGAGGGGAGGAACCAUGCACUAAUGCUCCCUCGCUGUGUACCUCGGGCACUGGCGACUGGAGUCUCGACAAAACACUGCAUAUUGUUGGUGUAGUCCACGCCUCUAAACCCAUCACAGGGACUGCAUGGGAAUGCUCGCACACGUCACGUUAACAUAACAACAGCAACAACAACAACAGCUACAACAACAAUGCUUGUUAACAUUCGAAAAAGCUCGCAAAUCACGUUUUGCUGCUUUGCAUGACGUCAUGUAAUGCUACAUUGUCCAUAAACAAAGAUGGCAGAAGUCCACUAAUCUGUCAAUGUCUGUUUUGUUUCAUUUGUUGUUUACUUUGCGAUGACUUCUUUCAAAAAUGAUGAAAUUGAAAUUAAUUAUUGUGUCUUUGAAAGACUUCGAUUUUUUUUUCUAAACUUUUG